GGAGAGUUUACGCUUCUUCGGUUUUUCCUCAACCACCUUCAUCGUCUCUAUUUAAGGAUUUCACUUUCUUCAAAUUUUCGUGCUCGGAAACCAUGCCGGAUGAAGCAAAAGCUUUCUUCUGUUUACCGGAGGAACUCUUCUACACGAUCCUUCACAAGCUGCCCAUCAAAUCCCACAUUGUAUGCAUUUCCGUCUGCAAAACCUGGAAUUCCAUUAUCGAAAGCCCCUCCUUCGUUUCGUCCCACCUCAGCCACACCAUCCCCUCCUACAAGGAGAACGACACCCACCUCUGCUUUCUCCAGAUUUGCUCUAUAGACCCAACAGAAGACCGCUUCUCCUUGCGGUUUGACGACCAGGACCUGACCGAGUGCACCUCGCUUCAUUUCCCUUACAGAGCCAAAUAUGGAUUUCAGGUAUUUGGGUCUUGCAAUGGAUUCGUAUUACUAAUGAAUGGUAAGUUUGGUACGUUUCCUGAGCGUUUGAUUUUAUGGAACCCCAUUGUUAGAAAAUCUUUGAUUAUCUCAGAAAAAGAUCUUAGUGCGUUAGCAGUGGCUGGGCUAGGGUUUGAUUCUAGAGCUAAUGACUAUAACGUGUUGACUGUUUCUCGUAUUAUGCAGAAGGACAAAGCUUUAAAGUUUGAGCUUUAUUCACUCAAUGCUAAUUCUUGGAAACAGCUUGAUGAUGUUGAAGCUAUCAGUCAUGGGUCGGUGGUUGUUGCACAUAGGGAGAUGGCUUUUCUUAACGGAGUUCUCCAUUUUGUUGCAUUGAGGCAGUGCAGUGGAGGGAGGCCUCCCAUGUACUUGAUUUUGGGGUUUGAUUUGGAGGGAGAGGUUUUUCAAGAAAUUAUGUUACCGGAUAGUAGGGUUCGUAAUUACACAGGACCUAAGGUGCAGGUGUGCGGGGAAUCCUUGGCAGUUUUCAGAUUGAAUUCCACUAAUGAUGGAAUGGAUAGUAUAUUAGAAAUAUGGGUGAUGAAAGAAUAUGCUGUAGAAGGGUCAUGGACUAAACUGUCAAAUAUUAGUCUGGGAGGCUGGGCAACGGUUUUGGGUUUUAGAAAGGGUGGCCAUGUCUUACUGAGUAUGAACAAGGGCUCUAGGGGGAUAGAUAAAGUUGGACAGAUGGUUUCAUGUGAUCCAAAGAGCCAAGAGAUCAAGGAUCUAAAGAUUUGUGGGAAUCAUUAUUGUUUUUUCUUUGAUAGUUUUGUGGAAAGCCUAAUCCUUCUGGAUAAAGGAAAUGACUUGAGUAGGUACUUUGAAGUUGAAUCUUGCUGCGUGACAGGUACUUCAAGCAAUGCAACCAGUUCAAGAAAUGCCAUGGAUUUUGUGCAUGAUGACUAAAGUGAUGAAGAAAGUGAGGAUUUAGGGGAAGAUUCAGGUGAAAGUGCAAGGAUUUAUUCAAGUGGAGAAGCAGGUGAGGAUUGGUUUCAAGCCGAUGAUGUAGCUGAUGAUUCAAGUCUCCAUGCCAUUGAUGAUUAGGUGGCAAUGCAGGCAAAUGGAAGAUGCUUGGGUGAUUUAGGUUUUCUUGUUUUGUACUCUCAGCGAUAAAAUGGAAACCAAAUAGGUUGAUGUAGCUAUGGAGCAUGUAUUCAUCUAUAGUUAUGUUGGGUCUAAAUUUAUGCUAUGGUGGACAUUUUAUCUAUCCAAAAAGCCUUAGCACAUAUGGAGUGUUGCAAUAUUAUCUAAGUU